AAUUUCUCACCUUUUCUAUUAUAUAAUAAUAAUAAUAAUAAUAAUAAUAAUAAUAAUUUGGAAUCCUUCGUCUCCAAGCAAAUUGCUUUCGCGACUCACAAGGACAAAGAAAAAUCAAAGUAUAAAUUCAUCCCCAUCCCACAUUUCCGCCAGAUUCGCUCUGCCGAAUGAUCUGUAAUUUCCGCCAUGAACCAUGUGAGAGAUCAACAACAAGAAAUUCCUCAAUUACAUUUUGGAAAUUUGGAAGUGGUCACGGCUCUCGGCCGUGGAGCCAAAGGAGUCGUCUUCUUGGCUCGAAAUCCCGCGGAGGACGACGCCGAAUGGUUGGCCUUGAAGGUGAUUUCGAGAGAGUUAAUCGAGAGGAAGGCCAAGAUUGUCAAUAACGAUGGAGCUGAGUAUCGGAGAGUUUGCUUUGAACGAGAAGUUUUGCGGCUUUUCCGGCAUCCGCUUUUGCCUCGAUUGCGAGGAGUUUUGGAUACUCAGAAAGUUGUAGGCUACGCCAUUGAUUAUUGUAAUGGACGAGAUCUUAAUGCUCUUAGGAAGAAACAGACGGAAAAAAUGUUCUCCGACGACGUUAUUAGAUUUUACGCCGCGGAACUAGUCAUGGCGUUGGAGUAUGUACACAGUUUAGGAAUAGUUUAUAGAGAUUUGAAGCCGGAGAAUGUCAUGGUUCAACAUAACGGCCAUAUAAUGCUUGUGGAUUUUGAUCUCUCUACAAGACUCUCUCAAAAAUCUCCCAAGUCGUCUCCGUCGCCGGCGUCGGAGGUUUUGGCGGAAUCUAAAUUUGUGAAAGAAGAUAAGAACAGCAAGAAGAUCAGGAAGAAGAAGCGAUUCUUUCAUUUUCACCGGUUCUGCAACUCCGGCGUAUCACCGGAAGAAUCCGAUCAACAGGCUACGGCGAAGGAGGAACCAAGAUCGGUGCGGGAGUCGGAGUCGGAGUCGGAGUCGUCAGAGAAGUCGAACUCUUUCGUGGGGACAGAGGACUACGUGGCACCGGAGAUCGUAGCCGGGAAGGGACAUGACUUCGCCGUGGACUGGUGGUCACUGGGGGUAGUUUUAUACGAGAUGCUGUACGGAACGACGCCGUUUAGGGGAACGAAUAGAAAGGAAACGUUUUACCGGAUUCUGACGAAAUCGCCGGAUCUGUGCGGGGAAGCGACGGCGUUGAGGGAUUUGAUAAGGAAGUUGCUGGAGAAAGAUCCGAGGAAGAGGAUGGAGGUGGAGGAAAUCAAAAGGCAUGAUUUCUUCAAAGGAAUUGAGUGGGAUAUGGUUCUUGAAAUUCCGCGGCCGCCGUCGCUGCCGGAAACGGGGGAAGAGGAGAGAAAUGGAGAUAAGAUAAUUGAUGUGGAAUCUUUCGUGGAACACUUAUUUUGCAGCGAAAUAGAGAAGAAGAAUCAAAUUAAGGGAGGUGAAGUAAAAGGGUUGAUUCCUAACAAUACAGAGUCUGACAUAUUUCAUGUAUUCUAACCAUUUUUUAAUAUAUAAUUUUUUCGUAUAAAAAUAUAUAUUCUAAUUAUAUUCUUCAA